GAUGACAAAAGGAAGAAAGAUAUCAAAAAGAAACAGAUGAAGGAUGAUAGGAAAAUACCACCCCAGCGAACAAUAGACAGAGAAAAAUUAAUGAACCUUCCCCCAAAUCCACCUAGUAUGUUGACACGAAAACACAGUUUAACAGGGCAAGGAAAAUUUGAGUUGAAUCUUCUACAUCGACCAGAAAUCCAUAAAGGCAUGGAUUACAGUGAUCCAAGUCUUACACAAGUUCGCUAUGAUGAUAACCAACCUGACGCUGACCAGUUACAAGAGGAGCAAUGGGCGUCAGAGGCAACCGUCCAUGGACAGCCUCUUACUUUACCUCCUCAAAAAGAUAAACAUAAGGCUAGAGUUAUUGACAAAAAUGAUCCGAGGUCAUAUAGGAAUAGAGACAGAAAAAUGUUUGGGGAGGACCGGAAGAACUCGCUAGAGGGUCAUACACCAGGUGUGGGUUCGAGCCCAACAGCCGAGUUGGAGAAAGAAAGCUCAAAAGAUAAAGAUGAUAAAAGUUCACCCAAGAUGCAUGACAAGGCUACAAGCAUAGUAGUAGAGACUGCUUCUGAUGGUGAACAGCAUAAAUCUGAAAAAAAAGACGAAGAUGAAAUGGAAAUAAUAAAUCUCGAUACAAACACUCCUGAGACCCAGAUGCAGAGGACAAAACGUCUCGGUCUCAAACUCGACGCGGACAAAGUGUUUGAGAAUGAUAAAGGAGAUAAAUCUGGUGCUGUACCGAAAGUAUUGGUUCGUCGGUCCAAAUUGAACGUGUAUAUCCCACAGGCAGGGGCUGACAGAGAGAGUAUUUCCAGCGCCAAGUCUUCACGGCGGGGCACCCCUGACUCUGGUAUAGAUGAUACUGUAUCAACACUAGGCAGACAGACCCCACAAACUCCUCAUGUCAAACUGGCAGAUGAUAAAACACAAAAUGAAGACACAUUUGAAAAGGAGUUAAUUGCCCCUUAUAACUCUUUACUGUCGGAGGAAGAUAAAGCCAAUGCUGUCAGAAGGCCUGCAUCAUCUUUCACGGGUCUGAGGAGAGGCCAGUUAGAAGGUGAGCGACUUCAAUCAGAAAGGCCACACACAGCUCAUGUAAGGUUCAAGGCCGAGUUGGAGUUUAUAGUUGAACUCCCAGACCAGCUUGAAGAUCUGCAAUCAGCAUUUGAAGAAGCUUUGAGGAAAUAUCAGAAUCUUCCAGGAACACCAGCUUUUGUGUCUGCUGAUACUCUUUAUAAAAAUGAUGGCACCAAAUUUGAAGACAACUGGCAGGAAAGAGUUAUAGAAAGACACACAUUGUUACGAAUGCAAAAAGAGAUUCGAGCCCAGUCAGCUGCCCAGAGAAGACAAGCCAUGGAGGUGAUACAGAAAGAUAAAACAUCUGCCAAACUGUUCACAUCUCGCUGUGAUUCAGCUAUUGGGGGGUUUACAGACAGAGAUUCAAGUAUACAAUCUGUAAUGCGAGCAAACACAUCAAUGUCUGUGCCUAUAUCAAUGAGCUAUGGUUUAGGGUCCGCACCACCAUCAUCAAGGGAAAAACAAAGACCUAAAACAGCAAACCCUGUCUUAGAGAAACAGCAGAUGACAAAAUAUGAACUUAGUCAUGAGAAAGCAUUUAGAUUCCGUCUGCAAAAGAAAGGACAAUCUUCUUCACGGCCUGAAAGUUCAAGGUCAAUAACCACUGUAGCUGACUUCAGUCCUCACUGGAUAGAUCCAAGAAAUCCUGAUGCCUGGAGACCAAAAUCUAGUAGAUCUAUACCUAGCAAGUGCAAUCGAUAUGUCCUGGUGAACAAGCCAAAGGAGAAGAUGACAAAACCUUUACCUUCUCCAUUAGAAGAACAAUUAUUAGUUGAAAGAUUUCCAAAACUUGGUGCCAAAAUUGUUCCCACUGUGCCUGAACUCACUCCGCGAACAAAGAAAUCAUAUAACUUAGAGUACAGCCCCUUUGUUUAUCAACGAUUUGUGUGAUACAUGUAUCAGAUUUAUGACCCACAGUGAUUACUGUAGAAAAAAACGGUUUUACGAGAAUACUGUUAAAUGAAGGGAUUUAAAUAGACUUUGCUCUCAUCAGUUAAAUUUCUUGACAUAUUACAGACUUUUUACAAGCAGAUUUGUGAUUCUGUUUAAAGAAGGGGAGAUCAUUCAAGUGCUCAUAGUUCAAAGGAGAUUUAUUCUGUUACUAUAAAUAGAAUCAUCACAGUGACCAUUGACAAUGAGAGAUGAAAUAUAUAGUCACUUGUAUGAGUAUAUGCCUACAUGUAAGUUCAUAGCUAUUACUGCUAGACUAUAUAGAUGUCUCUUGGAUAGUAUCACAAAGUAGUUUACAUAAUCUUUGGAAGCUGGAGCUAUAACAAUUUUGGAGCUAUAUAAUAUUAACUAUAGCUAUUUUUGAGCUAUAGCAUUUCCUGUUUCAGAGAUAUCACUGGUCCUUGAGAGUCCAGGAUGUAUAUAUAGCGUCUGUACUAGAUUUCUGUUUAAAUCUUGUCAGACUACCAAAUAUCUUGUAUGGUUCUAACACUAUCUAUAUAGUGAUCUGGUUGCUGAAUCUGACCAAAUUGUUGUUCUUUGGUUUACAUAAUUAACCUGUUUUAUGUUGAAAUUUUGUCUGUUUUUUGGGGUUUUUUUUUAAAUAGAUUCUUGUAACAAGUCAUAUAACUUUAUAAUUUUAUGUUUUUAGAUAAAUCCGAUUUUUUUAGGGCAUAGAAAUAUUGUUAAACAUGAAAUUUUAUUUUAGGUUGCACCAAUUUUGAUGAUAAUACAUUGAGGAUCAUUUAGAUAUUAUAUGUUACAGUAUUAAAUCACUAAUUGGCAUUAAUAUAAAAGGGUAAAUACCAACACUAUUCUACUAGGAAGUUAUAAAUCUGAUAUUUAUUCUUGUUAAACUUCUUGUGUAAAUUCCCUACUAUAACUAUGUGAUUAAUGAUAACAUUAAGGUGCCUUUGAUUUAGAAUUAUUGAAUUUUUUAUAUGUUAAUACAACAGCAUUUAUUACAGAUUUUAUACAGAUUUUUAUAUUUUAUCAAUUACUUAUCUGUGAUAGGGUAAAUAACAUUGAUAGGGUGAGGGGGGCAAGUUAAUUGAGUUGUAUAAGGAUUUUUAUUACCCUUCCAGAUUUUUUUCGCCUUUUUGAUUGGAUAUUGAUCACCCGAAAGAAAUUGAUAUUACCUAGCCAGAUGGGUAAUAUACACAUUAAAUUUCUCCAUUGUGUACCCCACAUUCUAAACAACAUGUGUGGCGAUGCGCGUACGGUUUGAUUUCACGCGAUGUAAAUUCCGAUUUACAAGCACUUUUUAACUGUCAAAUGAUAAAUAUUUACUAAAAUAGAGUAAUCAUACAUAUUCUCAUCAGUAUUGAAAACAAAUAUGACCUUGUGAAAGCUUGCUAUUAAUUCCAAAAAAAGUGCGUUCAACAGACUACUCCUUUUCUCUUGUUUACAUUCGUUAGGUUCGAAAGAAAAUAUGUUGUGUAUUUAUGUGACGUCAUGUAGUGAUGAAGGGGUACCCUAAAGGGAAUCUUAUUUCGACGUUUCAUUUGAAGUAGCAAUUAUUUAUUUUAAAAAUGUCUUAACUCGGCAGGGGAAGGGUAAUAAAAUUAUUAUUUUGGUUUUGGAGUGAUAUAUGUGGAUAUAUCACCUGCCAAGAUAAAAUAUCACCCUCGCCUAAUGGCUCGGGUGAUAUAAAAUCUUAGCAGGUAAUAUAUCCACAUAUAUCACUCCAAAACCAAAAUAACAUAUAUAAUAAUAUAUAAGGGUCAUGUAAUUUUCUAUCAUACAAAGUAUUGUUGUUUUUUGUGCUGUUCUAUUUACCUAAAGUACUUGGCUGUUAUACUACCUAACAUAUUUACCUAAAGUAUUUUACUGUUGUUAUAUUACCUAAAAAUUACCUAAAGUAUUUUACUAUUAUAUUACCUAAAAUAUUUUUCUAAAGUAUCUGAAUGUCAUAUUACCUAAAGUGAUUGGCUCACAUAUGAAAAUAAUGAAUCUUGUAUUUUGUUGCAAACUGAGAGAUGUUGUUUGUAACUUUACUGUUUGGCUGAAUUGUUUUCUGUGAAAACAUUGCUGCUAUUAUAGCAUGGGAUAGGUAAAGAAUUAUGAAUUUAUGUAUAUAUGUGCUGUUACAUUUGAAGACCUCGUGUGAUAGAAUGAUCUUGUCAGUAAAAUUAAUAUGUCACAUACUUUGGUAUUAAUUACAUUAAGAGAUUUGCAGUUUGUCCAUAAUUGAACAUUGAUAGACAGAUUGAUUUAUGUUUUCAUUUUUAGUUACAGGUUACAAAGCUACAGUCAUCAUGGCAAUGCUAUUUUGAUAGGUUGAUCAUGCCCUGGGAUUUUAUUUUUAAUUUCUUAGAGAUUUUUCAAUUUUGUUGUUAUGUUUUAGUUUCCAAGAAGUUACUCAUUGGCAAAUUUCCAAAACCAUCUUUUACUUCUGUUUGUCUUGUUGGCAAUAAGUUCAAAUAUAGUGUUGUGAACUUAAAAUACCAUUUUGUUUACAUUUCGGUACUUUUAUGACAUAAAAUUUCACAGUCAGCACAGGAGGUCACUGUAUUUUUGUAGGCAAUGCUACAAAAUAAGAAUAAUGCAUUUCUUACCCAAAGGUCAGUACUUCAAGAUAUAAGUAUAUGAGCUAUACUAUGUUGAUAAACAAAGCUUUUAAAAAAAAUAUUUAUGUUUUUGUGAUCGUUCUAUUAUGAACACCAAACUUUUUUUUGUUGUUGUUGUUGUUGUGCUUUGUAUUUAUUGUUAUUUUAUAAUACAAAUUUUAUUAAAAACAAUGGAAG